AUGGUACAUUGGGUUGAUUGGAAAACACUCAUUGCACCAAAAUCAGAAGGUCUCGAUGUUGGCUCUAUACUUGCUCAAAAUAUUGCCCUACUGGUCAAAUGGUGGUGGAGGUUCAUGAAUGACAAUGACAGUUUCUGGAAAGAAGUUGUCAUGAGCAUACGUAACUUAUACAAAAAACCGACAAUAUAUAUUGCAAGGAAAACAACAAAUGGGGUUUGGUGCAAUAUUUCGAAGGCGGUGAAAUCCACUGAAAAGCUACAUAUCGACUACAUUUGGUGCAAUAAUAUUCCAUUUUAUCGCAAAUUUCCUCACCUGUUCGCGCUAGAAACGGUUAAAAGUUGUCGAUUGGAGGAUAGAUUUUCUGGUAACGGAUUUUCAUGGAUGUGGAGACACGAACCAACAGGUGGUAUUGAACUGAAGGAACUGUUGGAAUUAUAUCUGGAUAUUCAUAAUAUGACCAUUGACAAAAAUUCCAAAUAUGGUUUCAGAUUCAUCCUCAACCCCACGAGUGAAUAUAUUGUGAAAAUAAUGAGAAAACUAUUAGAAUCAAAAUUGAUUCCGUCCAAAGGGCCGACAAUUUGGUGGUCCAAGCUAAUUCCUUUGAAAGUAAGUGAAUUCAUAUGGAGAGCUGUGUUGGGAAGGAUUCCAGUGGCAGAUACUUUGGCAACUAAGGGAAUUAUCAUCCCCAAUAAUCUUUGUCCUCUGUGUAAUAAGGAGACAGAAACAGUGAAUCAUAUACUUGUUACAUGUGAGUAUUCUAGAGAUGUACGAUAUUGGAUACUUAAAUGGUGUGGAAUUGAAGAGAGUGGGGUUCAAAAACGUGAAGGAAUUCACAGAUUACGCGGCUACCUGGGGAAAUUGUCCUAG